AUGUUAGAAGCUCCUGCACGUGAUUCUGAGUUGAGUUUAGAGACUGUGAAUUCCACACAGAGAAGUUCAAUGAGCAGUGAAAGCAUUUGCAGCACAAGUUUCAGUCGUCUUUCAUUCGACCUUAUUCCCGCCUCGCCUGAGAGUCUCUCCAUCAAGCCUCACCGCUCCUCUGAUUUCGCUUACUCCGCUAUCCGUUCCGCUACAUUCCGUCGCAAAUCCGCACUCACCUUCCGUGACUUCCACCUCCUCCGUCGUAUCGGUGCCGGUGAUAUCGGCACUGUAUACCUCUGCCGCCUCCGAAACGGAAAUAACAAAUUCGAAAACGAAGAAGCGUCUUGCUUGUACGCGAUGAAGGUAGUGGAUAAAGAGGUUGUAGCAUUGAAGAAGAAAGUACAGAGAGCUGAAAUGGAGAGAAAGAUUCUCAAGAUGCUUGAUCAUCCUUUUCUACCUACACUCUACGCUGAGUUUGAAGCCUCUCAUUUCUCUUGCAUUGUAAUGGAGUUUUGUUCCGGUGGAGACUUGCAUUCUCUACGCCAUAAAUAUCCUAAUAACCGUCUUCCUCUUUCUUCCGCAAGAUUUUAUGUAGCUGAGGUGUUGGUAGCGUUGGAGUACCUUCACAUGCUUGGAAUCAUUUACAGAGAUCUAAAGCCUGAGAAUGUGCUAGUCAGAUCCGACGGUCACAUUAUGCUUUCAGAUUUUGAUCUUUCACUCUGUUCUGAUGCGAUCCCUGCCGUUGAAUCAUCAGAUUCCUUAGGAGACUCUGCGUUUCCACAAACAUUAUCCUGCACCCGCACGCGUUCUUUUUCUACUCCAUUCACUUGCUUUUCGAACCGGUUGUUCCGUUCGCGUAAGGUUCAAACCAUUCAACCGAACCGGCUUUUUGUGGCUGAACCGGUUUCAGCCCGGUCCUGUUCAUUUGUUGGAACGCACGAGUAUGUCUCACCGGAGGUAGCUUCCGGAAACUCCCACGGAAACGCCGUGGACUGGUGGUCGUUUGGAAUAUUCAUCUACGAGCUCAUCUAUGGACGAACUCCGUUUGCGGCUCCAUCGAACAAGGCUACGCUGCGUAGCAUCUUAAAAAAGCCCUUAACCUUUCCCACCGCCACGCCUUCAACCACGCUUGAACGCCACGCGCGAGACUUGAUUUCUAGCUUGCUUAACAAGGACCCGGCUCAACGGCUCGGGUCAAGACGCGGCGCAGCUGACGUCAAGAAGCACCCGUUUUUCAAAGGGAUUAACUUGGCGCUGAUUCGCAUGCUGACGCCGCCUGAGGUUCCGGGCUCAAGAAGGCCAAAAACGACGUCGUUGUACCGCGGGAAGGAUAGACAUAACAGCAACCUUAGUAGUAGUAGACAGGAACCAACGGCGUCGUUUGAUGUUUUCUUUUGA